AUCAGAGUGCAAGAUGGAACAUGAAGCAUUGUUUUUUUUAAUGUUUAGGGUGUCGCAUUAUUGUGAAAAUUAAAUCUCUAGAGAGAACGACAGAAAACGUGGACGUUGGGGUUGAGAGACUCGUGAAUUAUCGGUAGAGGCUUGCUUUUACCCUUGGAGCCUCCAAGUUGGAGGUUCACGCGAUUUACGUUUGAUGGUGCCACGCGGCCGAUGCUGCUGCCCCCGCGAAACUCGGCGAAACUCCGUCCGAGUUUUCCGCCACUGGUGGGCCAUAAAGCAUAAAAUCGGCCAUUACUCGCAAGCAUUUUUGUCGUGCACGAGGGGCCACGAGCGGCAAUGAGGAGGUCGCGAUUGAGCUGAUUGAGUCUUUCAGCCGGUUUGUAUGAUGUCUGAUGCUACCACGGAAAGCAUGAUCGGGAAUAGCAGGACGAUGCCCAAUAUCAAGCAGGAAAUCGAUAACCCAACAACGCCCACGCAAAAUUAUCAAGUGUGUUCACCAACCACGACUCUUCAGCAUCAGGAGUCGAUAUGCACGAAAUUAGACAUAGCGACGGACUACGGCGGUAGCAACGGUAGUCCCGAGAGCCCAGAGAUGCAUCAUUGUUCCUCGACGACGCAGCCGUUGGGAACUCCGGAGGAUGGCGUUAAGGAAGAAGAUAUGAUACCCAGGAGGCUUUGUCUUGUCUGCGGUGAUGUUGCGAGCGGUUUCCAUUACGGAGUCGCCUCGUGCGAGGCAUGCAAGGCUUUCUUCAAGAGAACUAUACAAGCCAGUAAUUUUACAGGAAACAUCGAGUACACUUGUCCGGCGAACGGCGAGUGCGAGAUAAACAAACGAAGACGUAAGGCCUGCCAGGCGUGUAGAUUUCAGAAAUGUUUGCGGCAAGGAAUGCUGAAGGAAGGCGUGAGAUUGGAUCGUGUUCGAGGAGGUCGACAAAAGUACAGAAGAUCCACGGACCCUUAUACGCCGGUCAAGAAUGCCACGCUGGAGGCUAACGUAGCGUCGGCAGCUUCUACCGAAACGAUAAAGGCACACCGUGUCUCGUCUUUUGCAGACAACAAGAUGGUCGAAGCUUUGGCGGCUUGCGAACCAGACAUGCUUCAAGUGUCUAACAACUCGAGUACACAGGAGACGGAUCAGAGAGUUCUCGGACAAUUGUCGGAUCUGUACGAUCGAGAAUUAGUCGGUAUAAUCGGUUGGGCCAAGCAGAUCCCGGGGUUCAGCAACUUAGCGCUGAAUGAUCAAAUGCGGCUUUUGCAGAGUACUUGGGCCGAGAUAUUAACUUUCACCCUGGCGUGGAGAAGUACGCCUAACACCGGCAGAUUGAGGUUUGCGCAAGAUUUUACAUUGGACGAAAGACUUGCGCGCGAGUGUCAUUGUACGGAGCUUUAUACACACUGUAUACAAAUUGUCGAGAGGAUCCAACGAUUGGGUUUAACGCGGGAGGAAUACUACGUGUUGAAAGCCUUGAUCCUAGCGAACAGUGAUGCUAGAUCCGACGAGCCUAUGGCGCUCUCCCGUUUCCGAGAUUCGAUCUUGAAUUCUUUGUCGGACUGUGUAGCGGCAGUGAGACCGGGUCAAGCCCUCCGCGUCACGCAAAACAUGCUACUAGUGCUGCCCAGUCUCAGACAGGCCGAUGGGAUCGUCAGACGUUUUUGGUCCAGUGUAUAUAAAACGGGCAAGGUACCGAUGAACAAGCUCUUCGAAGAGAUGCUGGAGAACGUUUGUUAUCGAUGAGAUACGCUUGGUCGUCGCAAAUUUGAUAACUCGACCAUUCGUCGCCAGAUUCAUUGCCGUUUAUUGUAAGCUGACGAUAUUCGCCACCAACGUGAUUAUAUAUUGUACAUCAUUAUUUCGGGCACGUUUUUUCGAUGUGCCAUUACGUUGUCGAAGACACCAGUGAGUGAUAGUGCGGAGAAACCAAGUUUGUCGGUCCUCCUACGAUCCUUUUUUUAUUUUCUAAUAAACUCGUGAGUUUUUAUUCUCUUUUUUUUUCUUUCUUUUUGCGUGCGAAAAGGACGUUGAAAGUGGAAGUUCGGACAGUGUCUCCGGCGAUUGUUGGAGUUCACAAAUCAUUAUAAAUGGCAAACAUGUGUAGUCUUCGUUUGAGAUAAAGUAUCCAAACUUUCCUUUUCGAGUACCCCAUUUACAGGUACAGAAAGAAAGAAAGAAAGAAAGAAAGAUAGAUAGAUCGAAAAAGGAAAGAAGGAAAGAAAGAAGAAGGAAAAAUGUAACUUUUAUGUUGGAACAUAACAGUACGAGAUGCGAGGAGACUUUCAAAGUACUCAUUUUAGGAUAGGUAUACGUGAAAGCCAAUCGAUGGCUUUAUUACCAAAUGAAGUGUUUCCGUUUGAUCGUCAUGAUCGCAACACUGAAUAUAUUAGUAAUUAGAUAAAAUGUAAUAACUGUGGGUGUUUAACGUCGUAGUCAUGAUGUUGGUUAAGAAUCAGCAAUCAAAAUUACUGUUAUCGAACGGCAUUUUGUCUAUUCUUUUUUCUCUUAAUCGUUGUUUAUUUUUUAUUUUUUUUUGUUUUAUUCACCGUGUAUCCUGAGAAGCAUUUGGAAUCACCUUCUGUGCAUUCUCAACGCGACAUAUAUGUGUACACACACACACCCAUACAUAUAUAUUGCCUCUUUUGCAUUAGCACUUGUAAUUAUAAUAGCUUAAAUGUGAAGAGAGAAAUCGAAUACUAUUAAUCGACAUAUAUUUGUGAUAGCUGUAUUGAACAUCCAUAGUUAUAGCGAUGUAGAGAUACGUCUUUGUAUAUUAUUCUAGAAUACAUCUUUGUACAAUAUAAACGAGAUCAAGUUAAAAUGGGUGCGAAAAGGCGCGAAGAAAGAUAGCGGGUAGAAUGGCUGAAUCGUUCCUUAAAUUGGAGACACGCUGCUUCUACGCAAAAAUUUUGGAUUUUGUAUUGGAAAUAUAUUUUAAAGAUUAUUGGCUCUAGGCUAUUGCCAUAUUAUCAUGCUUUCGUUGGCGAUAGAAGUGUUUACCCGGUUGUUAGAAUGGUCGCGUUAUGUUAUUUACCUGUGCCACACAAGAAAAAGAGCAGAAAAAUAUAUUAUUGCUAAUAUAUAUAAUUAUUAAUAAUAUUUUUACAAUCGCAUUAUUACGAUCAUUAUUAUUAAUACAUUGAUAUACAAUUAAUAUUAUUAUUACCAUUAUUAUAUUCAGGGAUCUUUAUUAUCUAGUUCUUUAUUACUAAAGCCCCUUGCACAAUAGGCGAUAGCGAUAGCGACAGCGACAAGGUAUAGCUUUGUCGGCAACUUUAUCGCUAUCGCUAUCGCCUAUUGUGCAAGGGGCUUAAUGAUUGUUACGAAAAUCAGCGAGUCUAAUAUCAUCGAUGCGCUGAUGCGCGACCGUAACGUUAUACAUGCCUUUCACAAUGAGAAUUUUUUAAGGAGAGAACGAAAGCCAUAUAUAGAAAGUGAGUAAAUCUCAUGGAGCUUCAUUUGACGACGAUUGUCGUAAGUCUACGGCGGUUUUUAUCCUUUAGCAAAUUCGCUUAUAAUCACCCCAGUCGUAUGGAGGCUUAUUUAGCUUUUUACAAUUAAAACGAGAGUUAACAGUAGACAAACUAGAAAGACUAAACAAUAGAAUUCUCAAAUUCAGUUCUUUCUUAUUAUUUUUUGAUUAUUUAUUUCUUAUAUACAUAGUAUUAAAAGUUAUGUCAAAAAGGUAUACGUGAUAUACGUAUCUUUCCAAUUAGAAAAUCAUUUCCUCGAGACAAAAAUGGUAAAAGCCGCGUGUGGACUUGGUCAUUGCGAAACUGUCGUUAUGGGUCUAGAGUGCAAUAAAGUCAAGGUACACAGUUCAUUUUUUUUUCUUAAUAACAAGAUAACGUCGUCUCUUUGCUCUCCCUUGAUUGUCCUUAUUUUUUGCUCGUAGGCUACGAACGUUUUUCUUUUUAUUCUUUCUGCAUUUAAAUCCGUGAAAAACAAUUUGCGGCUCGAUCUCGCACACUCACUACUCUUCUUCACGUUUUUCUAGUAAUCUACCACUAUUUUCUUAAUUAACUAACAUAAUAAAAAAGAAAAGAAGACAGAUAUCGAAUUGGUUGUUGUAGGUCAACAUUUUUUCGCGUUUUAUCUAGAAUCUAGACAGUCACGUCCGAUUUGAUUUUUUAGCUCAUUAAUUUGUUUUCUUGAAAAUAGUCUUAAGGAAGUUAUUAUUUACAGAAAAUAUUAAGAUGUCUAAAAAUCAUUUUAAGUUACAAGGAGGUUUAUUAUAUGUUCGUAGCAGCGUUGCAUUACUAUUUACAAAUAUAUAAUGCUCCGUAAUGUUGUAAUGAAACAUUUCUGUAAUCUGUUCCGGCAAUUUUGUUGCUGCAACAUUGAUGGAAUGCUUUGUAUAUGGGAAUUAAUGUUCAAAAAUGUGCGUGUGUGUGUGUGAGUGUGUGUAUGUAUGUAUGUUUUACAAAGGGGAUUUCAAGAUGUCUCAAAAAGAUGGUAUUAAUGUGAAUAUUUAAUGUCGACGUUUUUUAAAAACAUUUUUUAGUCUUAAAAACAUAAAAUAUUUUUUGGAAAAGUCUUUCACUCACGCAUAUUGUCUGAUUGUGAGUGAGUAAAAUCUGUUUUCCUUUUCUCGUCUAAAAAUACAAUUUGUACAGCACGUGCAGCAAUAUAGCUGGAAUGUUGCUGCGAUACUCUGGAACACUCUGUGCUGUAUGAGUAGUGGAUGUAGGUCGAAAGUUUCCGUAAAAAAUUGCAGAAAUGUCUCAAGUUUUACUUGACAGAAAAUUUGUGUGUGUUAUGUACGCGCCGUGUUAUGUACGCACAUAUUUUGAGCUCGUUAAAAAAAAGGCCGAUAAUUUUUCCUCCGAUGAUAUUCUCUGUAACGCGAUACCGGUAUUUUUUUGUCUUUGUUUUUGUUGAGGCUAACAAGCUUUCUCAUUUACCUAACUGUGAUAUUCGCGUUAUAGAUUCCACACAUGUGUCGCUGGAAUCAGUCCGUAGAAUUAAUGUUUCCUUCUUUUCCCCUUUGUUGUUGAAUGCGCGUGUUAAAGGAGAACCACGGUGGUGUUAAGAAUAUCCGUCAAUUCACAGAUAUGAUCGUUAAAGUCUCCACAUUGUUCUAAUUUCUUCAACUUGAGGGACAAUUAAAUCAGGAUAAUUCUCAUAAGGCGUUUUUUCUUUCGUACAAUGUGCUGCCGAUUUCUUUUUUCUUCCGUUCUUUACGCUAAAUUCUGAACCAUGUUUCCGCAAGUUCAAUCCAUUAACUAACAAUUGUGCUUACUAACUCCUCGCAAAGUUACCCCCGAGGCCCUCUACUCGUGCCGCGCCGGCGCGAUGGACGUAGAAAGAUUUUAAGCAAAUAUUGUCGCGUGCGUCGCUUAAUUGAAGAGAGAAAUAGAAUGUGUGUGUGUGUGUGUGUGUGUGUGUGUGUGAAAAAAGGGAAAAAAAAAGAAAGCGUUAGGUAUUUUUGUGUGCACUGCUGGAUUUUAUGAAGUUUCAUACUUUUUCGAGCAUUUUUCUUUGUACAUAUGUAAUCACCGAUUCGCCAUGGCGGUAGAAUCGUAGUCUCAGGGUUGCAAGCAAGCAAACACGAUACAAACGUAGGCACAUUCAAAUAGUUAAGCGUGCGAGUAUAUCUCUGUCAAACAUAGGAGUAGCAUAUAAAACGAUAGAUUUAAACAAAGGGAAAGAAUAGGGCGAAUUAACAAAAAUGCGAUACGUUGUGUAACAGAAAGUUUGCGAAUUAUGUAGACGGCUUUCCAAAGGAAAGCAAACGCAGCGUGGACAGGGAUGGAAUUAUUGAUAAAGUAUAAUUAUUAUAAGGCAAUACGGCGGGACAAUUAAGCUUUUAUUUUUCGGUAGUACAGAAGGCGUACGCCUUCUUUCGAAUCGCCGAAUUUUGUAAAACUCGUGUUUCAUUGCCGCACCUCGGAUUGGCUUCGAAAGGCCUUCCACCCAGUUUUGGACAAGUCACACACACAUGACUUGUUAUUUCAUUGAAAUCUCGUAUUAGAAGAUGAUUAGAACUAUGUAAUAUAUCGUUGCGUGGAAGGUCUGCUCGAGAAUAAGGUUCUUUCGCAAGAUGAAAAUGUGAUGUGACGUGACUCUUCUUUCCCGACGCCAGAAUAAGGGUAUGACGAUUGUAUAGCGCUAAUAAUCCGUGCUAAGUAAGUUCCUUCGGCGGCAGAGAUCUUGCCUUUUUGAUUUUGCGAUACGAGAACGCAUCUACACUGAAAGUGUAUUAUAAAUAGUUUAUGUAUAAAGAUAUAUAUGAGAUGUAUGGCACACACGGGCUGCGAUUUUGAGAUUUUUUUUUACAUUUGUAAAGUGGAAUGUUUUGUAAAUGCGAAUUCGGACGAUCGCGUCUCUCUUCAAGUCUUUUAAUUAUUGUAAUAUAAAAAUUGUGCGAAAUUGUUAAAUGUUUUUUUAAUUUCUUCGUAAUCUUAUGAGUCGUUGUUUUUUCUCAAGUCCGAUGUGAUUCGCGUCUGUAAGAAGAUGAGGGAUACUGCUUCUACGAUGAUUAUAAAUAUGUAGUUACUUUGUAAUUAUGACAUAGAUUCUAUACAUAAUUUUUAUAUGUGCGCAUACUGAGAGAAUGAGAGAGAGAGAGAGAGAGGGCUGUACAGUUUGGUUUCUGGUGUGUAUCUGUAACAAAAAGAGGCCGAAGAGAUACAACUGCAAGCAGUGGCAUCGCGAAAUUUCAUAACGCGAGCGAUUGGAAUAGUUCGUAUGAGAGAGAGAGAGAGAGAGAGAGAGAGAGAGAGAGAGAGAGAGAGAGAGAGAGAGAGAGAGAGAGAAAGAAAGUGAGCGUAUGUUAAUUAAGAUGACGAUAUCUACAACGAGAUGCAGAAAAUAAAUCAACAAACGACACGCUGUAUGGAACUACCUCGGUAA